AUGGCCGAUGCAGUGGUUCAACUUCGCUGCGGUGUCAAGAAUGAUCCCUGGGGCAAGAAAGGGAAAAGCUCCUUGGCGGCCCAACUGUGGUCAAAGACUCCAGGAAGUGAGGGGAUCGACGACUCCAAGACUUACUCAGAGAUGUGGAUGGGGACCUAUCCUUCGAAUCCAUCCUAUCUACUGUCCACUGGCGAGCAUCUGGGUGAAUAUCUGAAGAAGAAGCCCCAACUGGUUGGCAAAUCUGUUCUGGAUCGAUGGGGCGCAGAGAUACCAUUCCUGCCAAAAAUUUUAUCCUUCUCCAAAGCACUGCCACUUCAAAUCCACCCAGACUUGGAUCUCGCAGCCAAGUUGCACAAGGAGGAUCCCAAGAAGUACGGCGACACCAACCACAAACCGGAGAUCGCCAUCGCGCUUUCAAAUUUCGAACUAUUUGCCGGCUGGAAGCCACUGAGCGAUAUCCAGGAACUAUUCAAGCUCAAACCUCUGGAAAGAUUCGUUUCCUCGCAUACGAAAUUCGACGACGAGACAUUACGCCAAGUCUGCAAAUCAUUAUUGAAUGCCGACCCUAAAACAGUAUCCGCAACAAUCAAAGAACUGCAAAGCAUCCCCGAGUCCCAAUUCGGACGAGACCCCUACAUCCCAGUCCUGCUCGAACGACUGAGCAAGCAAUUCGGCGACAACGACAACGGAAACCUCGUCGCUGCUCUCUUAAUGAACUACAUGACCCUGGGACCUGGCGACUCCGUCUUCGUCCCAGCAGACAGCAUCCACGCCUACUUCGAAGGCGACAUCGUGGAAUGCAUGGCCCGGUCCGACAACGUGAUCAACACGGGCUUCUGCCCCGCUGCAGAACGCGACAGCGUCGAGCUGUUCGGCCAGGCGCUGACCUUCGUCCCGCACGAUGCCCAGAGCGCUCUCCUGCCGCGACGGAAGAGUGACAAGGGCAUGAAUGGCAAGACGGAUGUGUAUGCGCCCCCGAUCAGCGAGUUCGCGGUUCUGUGCACUUGUCUUGGCGCGGGGGAGAAGGAGACGCACAAGGCUAUUCUUGGGCCUAGUCUGAUGAUCGUUACUAAGGGAUGUGGGUCUAUGAUGAUGCCUGGGGAUCAGACGGUUGAGUUGAAGGAGGGGUUUGUGUUCUUCGUGGGACAGGGCGUGGCGCUGGAUUUCACCACGGACAAGGGACUGGCGGUUUACCGCGCUUAUGCAGAGUAA